GCCUCCUCUUGCCCUAUCACCCUGGAUUUCCCAGCUGGACACUGCUGCAAAUGCAAGACGCUGUCCAACAACCCCACCAGGAAAGGAGCUUGCCCACAGCAGUGUUUGGAGGCGGUUCUUCGGAGAUGAGUUUUUCUCUGAACUUCACUCUACCGGCCAACACGAGACAAUAAUUGUCCAAAGCCCGAGCCCCGGGGACUUCACUGUGCUCACUGAGUUGACAAGAGGAUUAAAUACACAAUUAAACACCUAACAAAGCCUUGCCAAGCUUAAAGGAAUGACAAAAGCUUAUACUUCUGCUGCUCAUGUGAUCCUCAUAACAACCCUAGAGACGUCCUCCCCAGCUAUAACAGAUGGGACAGAAGCGGACUGCGGGCCCUCUCUCGGGCUGGCCGCAGGCAUCCCAUCCCUGUUGGCCACCGCCUUGCUGCUGACUUUAGUGCUGACCCUGAUUCACCGGAAAAGGAGCAGCCGCAGAGAGACCCCUGAGGAAAGUGAGAGGCCAUGUGAAAUUUCGGAAAUCUAUGAUAAUCCCAAGGCAACUGAGAAUCCUGGCAGUUCCCCCCCACAUGAGAAUAUGAUGAGAGCAGAAGAAACCCACAUCUACGUGAGAACUGUGGCAGGAGGCGAGGAGCCCAUGCGAGACGCUUACCGUCCUGCCGCGGAAACAGAGAGAAGGAGGGCACUGUGGUGGCUGAUACCCAGACUGAGCCUGGAGUGACGCAGCCCCGGCCAGGAGCGGAGGGCCAUCUGGGACAGAGCCGACCUCCAGGGAGCUGUCGGGGGAGAUGCCGAGCGCUUUUUAACCAAUCCAGAUUUCACUGACAGCUGGAACACUGUGGGCUCUUCUGUCCCUACAGGGGACAGAUCAGAACAGGUUUGUCCCGAUUCUAAGAUCUGGUGAGCCCCAGAUAAGGUGGCUGUGUGUCCGCCCUGGGCCCUGUUCCUGGCCCCAGAGGAAAUUUCACUUUCUUGGUAAUUUGGGGAAAGGGUUUGAUGCCGCAGGGUCUUGCUAUCUCUUCUUCUCUCACGUAUCUUUUCCCAAAGACAAACAACAACAAAACAUCAUACCUGGCUCCCAUGGGAGGGUGGGCCAAGGCCAGCUUAGUGCAAGUAGGGAUAUAAAUGAAAGUUUUUUUUCUCUUUUCUUUCCCCCUACUUUCUUUUUA